AUGGCAGAAAGCUCAAAUAUCAAUACCGGUAGAUCUAAAAGCCGCCCUAAAAAGGCUAUAACUAGAACUAACUCGGACGAGCCUCAUGGUAGGUCGGAUAGCGAACCUAGAGGUCAUGGUCGUAGCAAAUCGUUUACUGCACCACUAACAAGAAGUAUGUCAUUGAAUUUUGAAUAUGACGGCGUGCCUUUAAAAUACAAAUAUUGGAAAACUGUCUCUGUGAAGCAUAGAAAGAAGUUUGAACGGCUUUCAGAAGUCUGGGAAAAAGCUGAAGGUAACCCUGAAUUGAUAAACGAUAACUGCGUAUGUUUUAAAGAAGAGUUCUUAAUAGGCAAAGGCAGUUCUGGCACAGAGGUGUAUGUUUGCUUGGGGUCUGACGGGAUAGAACGAGCGAUAAAACGUUUGCCAAAAGUCCUGUGUAAUUUGUUGAAGAAUGAACGAGAUAUCUUGACCUCUUCGAAUGCAGUCGAGUCACCACGGGUUGUAUAUUAUUAUUUCUACGAUGAUACUUCCAGCCCUGACUUUGGUUAUUUGAUUUUGAAUUUAUAUGAAAAAAAUCUUGAAGAAUUCGUCAAGGAGGAAGGCGAAAAGAUAACGAAAUCUCGUACUAGAAAGAUGAUACGUCAAGUGUUGGAAGGGCUGAAAGCAUUACAUGCUAGAGAGCCUAGAAUUUUACACAGAGACUUGAAGCCGACCAAUAUACUUGUUGAUGUGAAAGGUGAUUUAGCCCUGUCUGAUUUUGGUAUUGGACGGUUUUUCUCGGAACAAGGUAUUUUCACAAGAUAUAUAAAUAUUUAACAAAAUUGCAGAUGCAUGCAACAAUUACAAGGACAGCGAGGAAAUCCGUCGUAAUAGACAUUAUUCAUUAAUGCGUUUACUUGUGAGUCAAGUAAUAUUUUCGCCUUCCCACUGUUAUUUACGACCUCUCCGAAAUAUCUGAUCUGACCAAGCUUGACUGGGUUCUCGCGAGUGGCGGGUCGUUUAUAUUUCGCAUGUGUAUGUGGGAAAUAUAUAUUAUAAGAAGUUUAUAAUAAGUUCUUUGAAUGUUUGCGAUAAAAUAUAAUUGUUUUUGUUUGUGGAAACACCACGUAAAUUUAUUACUACAAAGGCAAAGCUUUCGAUCCGUAAGCCCGGAUCUUCAUCAGUGCUAAUAAUAUGUGACUUGUUUGAUUCACACCACAGAGUAGAGACACAGAAUAGGAAGUUAUACCAGAAGCGUAACUCUAGUCGUUUCCCUUAUUGUUUGACGUCCACGAAAAUUUUAACUCGCUCACGUCAGGCCACGCCAUCCUGGCUAGUACAGCCGGAAGUUUUUAUCACGAUUUGGUAGGUACAAAGUGCCGGUUGUACUAGCCAGAUGGCGUGAUUGAUGACGAAUCGCUUGUAAAAACGCGGACAAAUAUUUGCUCGAGUUACGCUUCUGGUAUAACUUCCUAUUCUGUGGUAGAGACAUACAGAGACGUAACUAGUGUACCCACUUUUUUGUGCGCAUGCUCGGCAAGUUACUAGAUGCAUGCAUCUGAUUGGAUGACGACCUGAUGACGACUCACUUUAAACUUGCUGAGCAUGCGCAGUUGAUCAUUUCUCGCCCGGUCGCAUGAAAAAAAGUGGGUACAUGAUAACGUAAUCUUCCGCAGUGUUUACAACGGUCAGUUACGUCUCUGUAUGUCUUAUCUACUCUGUGUUCACACGCUCUUUUUAUAUACAAGAGUGUCGUGAUCUGUUGGCUCGCGUCAUUUGAAAUUUAAUUAAACGACACAUCGACCACGUCAAAACGUAGUGAAGUGAUUCCGAUUAACGCGCGCGCAUCCAAGACAAGAGAAAUUAAUGUUGCACAUUAAAGAGAGCACGCCACGUACUAUCUAGUGGCUUUCCCUCCUGAUCUAUAGUAUUGUGCUUCUCGAUUUCAAUUGACUCUCUCAUUUUGCAUCAUAAGUUCUCUCGCAAAAUACACAUACAAAAUACACAUAGAUAGAUACACAACCAGAAGUAUUUCGCGAAGUAAAGGAUUUGGUUUUCUUUUACAAGGCAAUGCACGGGUAUAUAAAUCUGGAUAUCAAUAACUUUGUUUCCUUUGUAACCCACGGACGUACUAGGUUAAGCAAAGCGAGAACUCUAAAAACUCCGUCCUGCAGAACAAGCACCUUCCAAGGAUCGUACUUCAACCGUAUAGUCAAGCUCUGGAACAGUAUUAUGGUCACUUCCACUUCUCAAAACUUUUCCAGCUUAUCGGCGUUUAAAACGUUGGCUAAAAACACAUUUAGUUUAGAGCUGAACAGAACCUUUGACGUGGACAUGACGGGCACAUGGAGUCUGGUGCGGGACUGCUCUUGCCAUAGGUCAUAGAGUAAACCAAUUAUUUAGAAGUAAAGCGUCCAAAUAGGAAUGAUGAUGAUGUUUCGUGCGUCAUCUUAACUAAUCACUCCAUGCAAGAGAAUUUGACUAGCUUGAUCUCCAAAUCAUCAUUCGCUCUUGUUUGACCGUUUUGCUACUUUCAUUGUUUUCAUAGUUUUAUAGUAUAUAUGUAUUUAUAAAUAUCUGUUAUUACUUAUUAGAGAAGGGAGGUGCCUUGCAUGGGAUUUCUAUAUAGCCUCGCUCGAACCUUCCCUUUUGGGCAAUUGAUAUUGAACUAAUUAUUUUUGAAGUAAUUUAUGCCACCAAUAAAGUUGUUAAAUUUAAAAAAAAUUAAAAUUAAAAUUCCGAAUUCUGGGGGAGGGAAGGACAUUGAAAAUUUUAAAAACUUAUAGGGGGGCGUCGAAAAUUUACCAAUAAUCUCAAAAGGAGCCCUGUAAAAAUAUGAGCUGUUUCAAGACAUCUUCAUCCUCCCCCCGCCCCCCUCCUCGGCGUAAUAAAUGUACUUUCCCUAAAUAGCCGAGCGGAAUUAGUACCUUGGCUACGGGUUUAAGCGCGGAACGGCGCUCCAUGCCGUUGGCUCGGGGAUAAAUAUGAUUAUGACCACUAGCACUGGCUAGAUUGUGCCUUUUAUUGGCUGCUAUCUUAAAUUAAUUCGAAUACGUUACCACCGAGUCGGAGAUUACGUGCAAGUCAGCUAAAAACAAGCAACAGCCAUUUUAAACGUUAACCAUAUCUCUGCUUUCUUACAUUCAGUAAGAUCUCUGUCUCUGUGUAUUAGUACUGUAUCAGUAUUGAGAAAUGUUACUGAAAAACAGCUUGGAUAACCUUCUUCGAAGAAACACUUGUUGUUGUAGCCGGCAGUUGCGAAAUUUGUGAGCCGAUGUAAAUUAUGCGCAUCAUUUGCGCAUGUACGGAACUACGAUAAUCAUAUAUUUAGCAAGUCAGAAAUUUCGCGUGAUACUGGUUAUACUCGUUAGCAAAAGCGAUAUCAAUCCGUGUCCUUACAUUGUUUUAGGUGAAAGUAGUGCAGGGAAAAGCAGCUUACUAAAUCUUAUCCUUGGCGAAGAGCUUCUUCCGCAUCAUGUUCUGCAUACCACCUCAACAAUAUGUGAACUGAAGUAUGGGAAAGAAAGAAAACUCAGCGCUUUUGGGAAGUACGAUAGUGAGCAAGGAAUUACGCCAAAUCGCAGAAAUCUUGACCUGGAAAGUAAGAAGAAAUGCGAGGAAAGUUAUGAAAAGCAAAUUGAUCGGUUCGUCAACUUGAAUCGAUUGACGCUACAAGAAGGAUCCAGCUAUGAAAAAGUGCAAAUUUUUUGGCCGCAUGAAAUACUUGAG